CAAAACCUCCUCAUCACAACAAUGGCGACUUUAGUUGACUCGAUCUUGAACUCAGACGCCUUCGGCGCAACACCCUCCUCACCGCGGCGGACUCAGAACGGCACUCCCUCCUCCUCAAGACAUCGCCCCUUGCUCUCCGAGAGCAAUGGCAUUCCCUCCGAAGCCGACGUCUUCCCUGACGAUGAAGUCGUCGGCGCAGCUCGCGGUAGACCACGGAACCCUUUAGACCGCAAUGUGUCGCAGGUUACGGACAAGGCAGGCGAGAAGGUACAACAAGCCUUUGAAGAUUUUCUCGAGUCCCACAUCGAAGAACCCUCCUCAUCAGGGGCUCCUCCCUCGAGCGAGUUGCGAACAGACAAAUACUACAUUAAUCAGAUCCAUGGUUUGCGAGAAUUCCAGCUCUCGACGCUUUACGUGGAUUUUCGCCAUCUGCUAUCUUAUAAAGAAGGUCCUAUUUUGGCAGAUGCAAUCGCGAACCAAUUCUAUCGAUUCCAUCCAUUCUUACUCAAAGGGUUACACAACCUUCUGGCCAAAUAUGAGCCAGUCUAUUUCAAAGAUCACCGUCAGAUGACGAGCAAUGCUUCGCAAGCAGGCACUUCAAUGGCAGGCAAUGCGACUAGCGAGGGGAGCAGUCAAGGCGACAAACCACUGAAUCCACAGACGGACAAACUCUUUGCGCUGGCAUUUUACAACCUCCCUCUAGUGUCUCGGGUACGGCAGCUGCGAACAGAUCAGAUUGGGAGAUUACUUUCCAUUUCGGGCACUGUCACAAGAACAUCAGAAGUUCGUCCCGAGCUGGCUCUCGGAACCUUCAUUUGCGAAGCAUGCAAUACCACAGUACCGAAUGUUGAGCAGACGUUCAAAUAUACAGAACCUACGGUGUGCCCCAAUCUCACUUGUGGCAACAAGAUCGCAUGGCGAUUGGACAUCCGGAACAGCACGUUUGUGGAUUGGCAGAAAUGUCGCAUUCAAGAGAACAGUUCUGAAAUCCCCACCGGAAGCAUGCCACGCACAAUCGAUGUCAUUCUUCGAGGAGAGCAAGUGGAGCGGACAAAACCUGGCGAGAAGUGUAUCUUCACAGGCACUUUGAUUGUUGUACCAGAUGUGUCUCAAUUGGGAAUCCCAGGUGUAAAACCAGAGGCCUCAAAGGAUAAUCGAAAUUUUCGGGGUGCAGAUGCUGGUGGCGCAGGAGUAUCUGGCUUGAAAGCUCUAGGUGUCCGAGAUCUAACCUACCGGAUGGCAUUUAUGGCCGGCUUCUCAUCCCCAGACACCACUACAGCAGGUCAAUCAGCAAGUCAACUGAACGGUCAAUCGACCAAUAUCCUGAACUCCCUGCACCAGACUGAUCUAUUUGAUCAAUACGAUAGUGGAACAAAGGCUCAAGAGGCAUACCUGGAGACUCUUACACAAGCUGAGAUCGAUGACCUGAAAUACAUGGUCCAUUCCGACAAAAUCUACAGCAGACUUGUCCAGAGUCUCGCUCCUAUGGUUUACGGCCAUGAAAUAGUCAAGAAGGGCUUGCUGUUGCAGCUCUUGGGAGGCGUAUCGAAAAUGACACCGGAAGGAAUGGCCCUUCGGGGCGAUAUCAACAUCUGCAUCGUUGGCGACCCGUCUACGUCCAAAUCCCAAUUCCUCAAAUACAUUGCUUCUUUCCUUCCUCGAGCAGUCUACACCUCGGGAAAAGCAUCCAGUGCAGCAGGUCUGACAGCAGCGGUGGUCAAAGACGAAGAAACUGGCGAACACACCAUCGAAGCCGGCGCACUCAUGCUUUCCGACUCGGGAACCUGCUGUAUUGACGAGUUCGACAAAAUGGACUUGAGCGACCAGGUUGCCAUCCACGAAGCCAUGGAACAGCAAACCAUUUCCAUCGCCAAAGCGGGCAUCCAUGCCACAUUAAACGCGCGUACAAGUAUUUUGGCUGCCGCAAAUCCCAUCGGCGGGCGAUACAAUCGCAAGGCAACCCUCAGGUCAAACAUCAACAUGUCGGCGCCCAUCAUGUCUCGCUUCGAUCUCUUCUUCAUCAUCCUCGAUGAAUGCAAUGAGACGAUAGACCGUCACUUAGCCGACCACAUUGUCAAUCUCCACAUGCUGAAAGAUGAUUUCGUGCAGCCUGAGUUCUCCACUGAACAGCUUCAGCGCUAUAUCAGAUUCGCGCGCACCUUCAAACCCGUCUUUUUACCCGAGGCGAAGAGGCUCUUGGUAGAGAAAUACAAAGAGCUGAGAGCGAAUGACGCCGGUGGCGUAGUUGGGAAGAAUUCCUACAGGAUUACCGUCAGGCAAUUGGAGAGUCUGAUCAGAUUGAGCGAAGCAAUCGCCAAAGCAAAUUGUGUGGAAGAAAUAACGGAAGUCAUGGUAUAUGAAGCAUAUGAUUUGCUUCGUCAAUCGAUCAUCAGCGUCGAGAAAGAUGAUGUCGACGUCGAAGACGAUGAAGAGGAGAGCCAGAACCGAGAAGAUGACGGAGAGCAUCAACGAGAUGGGGAUAGUCCCAUGGCUGAUGGUGACAACGACCAUCAGGGUGAAGCCAGCACCAGGAAUCGCGGCAUAUCUGCAACCCCUGCUGCAGCUACACGACCCACCACGAAAAUCACAUUCGAGAAGUACAAUACCAUACAAACCAUGCUGGCGACGCGCAUACGAGAUGAGGAAGAUCGGACGGGCGAAGGCCCCGAGCGCGACGCAUUGCUGUUGUGGUAUUUGGAGCAGAUCGAAGAUCAACUGGGAAGUGAAGAAGACGUUGAGCGCGAGAGAGCCCUUGCAAGGAAGGUGCUGAAGAAGAUGGUUAAGGAUAACAUCAUCAUUGCGAUCCGCGGAGAAGGCCUUGUUGAAGGCGACGAAGAUGGCGCCGGCGAGCCUUCGGCAACAAAUCAGAACCAGCGACUGAGUUACGCGCUGCACCCGAACUGCGGUAUCUUCGACGACGAAUGAACCGACCCGUGACAUGUUACCACCAGAAUUCCAAGCUAGGAGCAGGCGAACGAUCGGUCUGUUGCAUAUCUUAUUAUGGAGCGACACUCGGCUAUACACAUGUACAUCUCGUAUGUUGAGGGUCAAGGUGAAUGAUGUGGUACGCCUGAAUGAAACAACUAUCAUGUCAUAGCAUGCCAGGGGCAAGGCAUGCAGGCGGACCAAGUCAAUGAGAGAGGAGAGGCACAACGUUGUGGACGAUUGGGUCGAAUUGGGACUGGGUUUGGGGAUGUGUGAUGAAAUUAAUUGUACACGAAUCAACUUGCAAAGGCGUCCUCGAUGGCAGACACGGCUGCAGAGAAUGUAUUGGUUUCCUUGGACUCGGCUCACCGUGCAGAACGAAAUCGAUCGUGGCAGACGCCAUUAACUCAUUAUGCCUUUUUGAUACACAGAUAUUUUGACAUGAAAUGCUGGAUGAUAGCU